GCGGAGAGUCGCCGGAAGAAAAGAGAUUGUCCGCCUUUCCAACCACCACUAUCAUUCAGUUGACGUUGACCUUCUAUUCAUCACCAUCUUCUUUCUUUGCAUGCGUUCUAUCUGUCUAGCACAUAUUUAUCAUAACUUUUUCUUCGCAAAUACGCGUUUUCUGCUAAAUUAAAGCUUCUAUCACGCCACGAUGUCCACCCCAAACCUCCACAACGCUCUCCUUCGCCCGCCCAUCAUCCAGAUCCUACGCGCCGCUGGUUUCCACGCAACCCGUCCCUCAGUCCUCGACACCCUCACAGACCUCGUCGCAAACUAUCUGACGAUUCUCUCCUCCUCUGCAGCCGCCCAUGCCGCGAACGCCCACCCCGGCGACCCGAUCCCAGUCCUCGAAGACAUUUAUCAAGCAUUACAAGACACAGGCGCAUUACGCCCCCAGUUACGAGACUGGGAAGAAGACUGGCAAGAAGAGGAGGAUACACGUGGACUGGACGCAUUCCUGAGUUGGUUCUCGGGUCCGACGAAUCGUGAAAUUCGACGUAUUGCAGGUUUCGUGCCCAGCGAGGGCGAUAUGAUUGAUACGGAUUCGCUUGAGAAGGAGGACUUUUUGACGGCGUUGAAGAAAAAGCAUAGUAAGACGGGUGAGGAAUCAAGGUAUGCGGGGACUGUGCUGGGGAAGAGUGCUGAGGAGCAUCCUAUUGUCAUCGAGGGUGGUGUCCCUAGUAUCCGGGAAUGGAGUCAGCAGGCCCGUUCAAGGACGCCGGGGUACAAGGCUGCGAGUGAUAUCUCCGCUGUGAGCAGUGCUCCUAGUAAUUUGUCCGAAGCUGAGAGGAUGGAUGUAUGAGAAGCGAUGUGAGGACUUUGAAAUUUUGUCAAGACGACAUUCUCGGCAGGCGCGUUCAGGAAAUCGACAAACAAGCGGAUCCCGAAAAUACCCAUUCGAUUCGAUCUACGUUCUAGGCUCUUCCAGUCGUUCUGCUUGUACGAGUCACCGUCAGCCCAACUACGGACUAUUUCCCCGGACUGGCCAACGGAUCCGUUAUGUGCAGGGGACUCCCGGUGACUAAAUGGCCGAGUCGAGAGCAUGGGGGACGGUGUGACUACACCACGGAAUAGAUACGGACUGGACAGAACGGCGGAAGCACGUCAAUGCCCGGGGAUUUAUCUACAGAAGGACUUAAUCAUGUCCAGUCUGUAUCUACCUCUACGACCAUAGACGAGCCACGAACACAGCAAUACAUAGAUUAAUCAUC